AUGUUUAAGGUACUAAACCGAGAUUCUAAUCAAUUAUUUAAGAAGACAGUAAUUGAUUUGGAAGACUGUUAUUCAGAAGAACCAAUUAAUUUUAUUCCUGAUAAUUCUUUGGCUACAACCAAAUUUCAAAAUGAUCCAGCGUUUUAUAUAGGAAAAACAAUAUCGCCUGGUUUAAAACUUACAUUAUUAGAAUUGGGUCCAUGUCAGCCAAAAGAUAUUGAUCUACCUGGAAGGAAAUUCCCACAUGAUUCGUCUACACCUUCACGUUCAUUUUCAAUGGUAUAUUAUAGCAAACUGGUAAAUGAAAAAACUGAAAAUAGAACAUGGCUUGCCUAUUCACCAUCUACUGAUAAAGUAUACUGUUGGACAUGCAAACUUUUUGGUACACCACGAGCACAAAAAGGUUUGUUUGCUAGUUCUGGUUGUAAUUCAUGGGGUCACCUAUCUGGAAUUCAUGGGAGAUUAUAUAAACACGAGACAUGUAAAGAUCAUUUAGAGGCUGAACUAAAUCGAGUUAUGUAUAUUAAUUACAACCGUAUAGAUUUACAACUAACAAAAUCUUCUAAUACACAAGUUACUGCAAAUAGAGAAAUUGUGAAAGUUCUCAUGGACGUUGUUGUAUGCUUAGCAAAACAUAACUCAGCUUUAAGAGGACAUUUAGAAUCAGCAAAUGAUAAUAUUCAAGGACAAUUUCUUGACUGGGUUAACCUUUUUUCAAAAUACCAUCCAGUUUUACGCGCACACUUAGAUCGUAUACAAUCAUCGUCCAAGAAAACAAGACUGUCUUUUAUGUCUAAAGGGUCACAAAAUGCAAUGCUUGAAUGUAUAGCAGAAACAAUUCGUAAGAAAAUACUUAAUGAAGUAAAGUUAUCGGGGAUGUAUUCGCUAAUACUAGAUUCUACUACUGAUGUAUCUAAGCUAGAUCAAUUCGCUUUUGUAUUACGUUAUUGUACUACUGAUGGUACUAUCUAUGAAAGAUUAAUGUGUGUUGAUGAAACUGUGGAUUCUACCGGUAAUGGUAUGUUUCAAUUAUUUAGUAAAAUAUGUGACAACCAUACAUUAAAUUGGAAAAAGGAAUUAGUUGGCCAAGCAUACGAUGGUGCUUCUAACAUGCAAGGUGCAAUAAAAGGUUUACGUACACUAAUUCAAAAUCAUAAUCCUAAUGCUCUGCACGUUUGGUGUUUUGCUCAUUGCCUAAAUUUAGCAGUGUGUGAUGCAUGUGAAGCAACUGCCGAAGUUCAAGAUUUCUUUGGAACAGUCAGAAGUUUGGUAAAUUUUCUUAGUGCAAGAAAACGCACAGCCAAAUAUGUUGAAUUACAAAAAUCAAUCUAUCCUAAACAGCGUAUUCGACGGUUACAACACUUUUCAAAUACAAGAUGGACUUACCAUGAUCGUUGUAUUGAUGUUAUGUUAAAAACAUAUAAAGCAGUAAUUGAAACAUUAAAAUAUAUUAUGUCAGAAGAGGCUGAUAAAAAAAUCCGUGACAUGGCCAAGGGGUUUUAUAAAAACUUAAACAAAUUUUCUUUUAUAGUCACAGCUCAUUUAAUGAAAACAAUAUUUUCAGCUACGACACCAUUAUCUGUUUAUUUACAAGCUCCAGAUAUGGAUUUCAUUCAAGCAAUGAAGCUUGUUAAAGCUACACGACAAUUUUUAAAUGAUAUGAGAAUAGAUGAUAAUUUAUCCAACAUAUUUUCUGAUUCUGAAUCAUUUUGCACAAGUUUAGACUUAGAAGAAAAAAAUAUGCCAAUUAAACGUACAUCUAUUAAAAAAAAAAUGAGUGGGGAAAAAACAAACGAUGAGCGACUUUUGUCUACAAAGGACCGCUAUAUUAGCGAAGUAUAUAAUAUGACUCUUGAUAAAACUUUAAUGAAGCUGGAUGACAGAUAUAAUGAUGCUGAAAAUGUGUUUAAUGAAAUUUCACUGUUUUCUGCUGAACAUUUACUUCAAAAAUCUGCUACCACACCUAGCUCAUUUAAUUAUAUAUGUAAAUGGUUAUCAUCCACAAAUAUUGAUCAGGAUAGUUUAAGUACCGAGUAUAAUUUAUUCUCCAAAAACUUUAAAAAUUUCAUGAAAACAUGUCCUGAAGUCUCAGAAAAUAUAGAUAAUAAUACAACAAUUAAUGCAUUCAGCCACAAAAAUAAUAGCAGCGAUAAUGAUAGCGUGAGGUCCAAUGAUGAAGAUACAAAUGUAUUAAAACUAUUAGAUAUAUUUAAAACUCUCAGUAAUACAGGUAUGUCGGCGGCAUUUCCAAAUUUGUACUUAGCUUACAAAGGUAUUUGCUCUUUACCUCCAACGUCAGCAAGUGCUGAAAGGUGUUUUUCAAAAUUAAAAUUAGUCAAAACCAAUCUUCGCUCAACAAUGUCUGAAUCUAGACUUGAUCAUUUAAUGUUGAUAUCAUGUAAUGCUGAUAUUGAUUUACCAAUAGACGAAGCUAUUAAUAUGUAUGGCUCAAGGUCAAAACUGUUACAAUCAGCACUUUUAUUUUCUUAAGUUUAAUUUGUUUUUAUAUCACAU